GGUGUCAGGGAGGCGGUGGCUUCAGAGAUGGCAGUGAGAGAGAGGAGGGGGCUCCGCGGCGGGAGCCCCGGGGAGGGGGGGCAGCUGCUGCUGUUGGGCAGCUGCUCCGGGCGCAUCCACCAGCUGGCGCUGACGGGGGAGAAGCGAGCAGACAUUCAGCUCAACAGCUUCGGUUUCUACACCAAUGGCUCCCUGGAGGUGAACUUGAGCCUUCUGCGGCUGGGCCUCCAGGAGACAGAAGAGAAGACCCCGCUGGUGGGCUUCAGUCUGAGCCGGGUUCGAUCUGGCACCAUUCGCUCCUACUCCGCCCGGGAUUCCCAGGACUGCCCUCUCCAGAAAAACAGUAGCAACUUCCUGGUCUUGUUUCUCAUCAACACUAAAGAUCUCCAGGUCCAGGUGCGGAAAUAUGGAGAACAGAAGAAAUUGCUUAUCUCUCCUGGGCUCCUCCCUGAAGCUCCCUCCAAACUGGGGCUUCCGAAGCCAGAGUCCACGGUCAUCCCGAAAGCGGACAGCGGGGCCGCCAAACCCAACAAGGUCACUCCAAAACCUGCAGUGUCUGAGGGCCCCAGCGGGGAGGACAAGGAGCUGGUGCUAGGCCUGAGCCACCAGAACAACUCCUACAACUUCAGCUUCCACGUGGUGAUCGGCUCUCAAGCCGAAGAAGGCCAGUACAACCUCAACUUCCACAACUGCUACAACAUGGUGCCCGGGCAGGAGCAUCCGUUCGACAUCACUGUCAUGAUCCGGGAGAAAAACCCAGAGGGCUUCCUGUCAGCAGCGGAAAUUCCCCUUUUCAAGCUCUACAUGGUCAUGUCCGCCUGUUUCCUGGCUGCCGGCAUCUUCUGGGUGACCGUCCUCUGCCGGAACACGUACAAUGUUUUCAAGAUCCACUGGCUGAUGGCGGCCCUGGCUUUCACCAAGAGCAUCUCCCUCCUCUUCCACAGCAUCAACUACUACUUCAUCAACAGCCAGGGCCACCCCAUCGAAGGCCUCGCUGUCAUGCACUACAUCACACACCUGCUGAAGGGUGCCCUCCUCUUCAUCACCAUCGCCUUAAUCGGCUCUGGCUGGGCCUUCGUCAAGUACGUCCUGUCGGAUAAGGAGAAGAAGAUUUUCGGGAUCGUGAUCCCCCUGCAGGUCCUGGCCAACGUGGCCUACAUCGUCAUCGAGUCCCGGGAGGAGGGCUCCAGCGACUACGGGCUCUGGAAGGAGAUCCUGUUCCUGGUGGACCUCAUCUGCUGCGGCGCCAUCCUCUUCCCCGUGGUCUGGUCAUCUGUUACGUCUACUUCACGCGCAUCAUCGCCAUCCUCCUGCGAGUGGCGGUGCCCUUCCAGUGGCAAUGGCUGUACCAGCUCUUGGUGGAGGGCUCGACCCUGGCCUUCUUUGUGCUCACGGGCUACAAGUUCCAGCCCACGGGGGACAACCCGUACUUGCAGCUGCCCCAGGAGGACGAAGAGGACGUGCAGAUGGAGCAAGUAAUGACAGACUCUGGGUUCCGGGAAGGCCUGUCCAAAGUCAACAAAACAGCCGGCGGGCGGGAGCCAUUGUGAUCCCUCGUCGCGGACAUGACCGUCCUCCCAGCCCCACACACACUUGUCACUCCAGCUGUCCCCAAAGCGUGUGUGGAGGCGUGGGAGGUGGAAGAGACCAGCCGAUGAUGCGCCCGGACCCCUGGGGCAGGGUCCCCAGAUGAGCCUGCUCAGCAGAGGACAGAAGGCCCCUCCUCCCCCCCAAGGACUGAGCAGCCCGUCCUCACCCCGGGCCCACCCCCACGCGUCCCCCUGUACAGUGACCAGCCUGUUUCGCUACCGUGGUGUCUUACCUUUCUGGGGGCCGAGGUCUAAGCAGAGAUUGUGUUUACAGUCAAGAAAUGUGUAUUCACUGUGUGUUGGGGGGUGUCCAUUGCUUUAUAUACUCAAUAAAUACUCAUUGAGCAACU